AUGAAGACGGCCAAGACCAUCAAGACGGCCAAGACCAUGAAGACGGCCAAGACCAUGAAGACGGCCAAGACCAUCAAGACGGCCAAGACCAUCAAGACGGCCAAGACCAUCAAGACGGCCAAGACCACCAAGACGGCCAAGACCAUCAAGACGGCCAAGACCAUGAAGACGGCCAAGACCAUCAAGACGGCCAAGACCAUCAAGACGGCCAAAGCCAACAAGACGGCCAAGACCAUCAAGACGGCCAAGACCAUCAAGACGGCCAAGACCAUCAAGACGGCCAAGACCAUCAAGACGGCCAAGACCAUGAAGACGGCCAAGACCAUGAAGACGGCCAAGACCAUCAAGACGGCCAAGACCAUGAAGACGGCCAAGACCAUCAAGACGGCCAAGACCAUCAAGACGGCCAAGACCAUCAAGACGGCCAAGACCAUCAAGACGGCCAAGACCAUGAAGACGGCCAAGACCAUGAAGACGACCAUCAAGACGGCCAAGACCAUCAAGACGGCCAAGACCAUGAAGACGGCCAAGACCAUCAAGACGGCCAAGACCAUCAAGACGGCCAAGACCAUGAAGACGGCCAAGACCAUGAAGACGGCCAAGACCAUGAAGACGGCCAAGACCAUGAAGACGGCCAAGACCAUGAAGACGGCCAAGACCAUCAAGACGGCCAAGACCAUCAAGACGGCCAAGACCAUCAAGACGGCCAAGACCAUCAAGACGGCCAAGACCAUGAAGACGGCCAAGACCAUGAAGACGGCCAAGACCAUGAAGACGGCCAAGACCAUCAAGACGGCCAAGACCAUCAAGACGGCCAAGACCAUCAAGACGGCCAAGACCAUGAAGACGGCCAAGACCAUGAAGACGGCCAAGACCAUCAAGACGGCCAAGACCAUCAAGACGGCCAAGACCAUCAAGACGGCCAAGACCAUGAAGACGGCCAAGACCAUCAAGACGGCCAAGACCAUGAAGACGGCCAAGACCAUCAAGACGGCCAAGACCAUCAAGACGGCCAAGACCAUCAAGACGGCCAAGACCAUGAAGACGGCCAAGACCAUGAAGACGGCCAAGACCAUCAAGACGGCCAAGACCAUGAAGACGGCCAAGACCAUGAAGACGGCCAAGACCAUCAAGACGGCCAAGACCAUCAAGACGGCCAAGACCAUGAAGACGGCCAAGACCAUCAAGACGGCCAAGACCAUGAAGACGGCCAAGACCAUCAAGACGGCCAAGACCAUGAAGACGGCCAAGACCAUCAAGACGGCCAAGACCAUCAAGACGGCCAAGACCAUGAAGACGGCCAAGACCAUGAAGACGGUCAAGACCAUGAAGACGGCCAAGACCAUCAAGACGGCCAAGACCAUGAAGACGGCCAAGACCAUGAAGACGGCCAAGAUCAUGAAGACGGCCAAGACCAUCAAGACGGCCAAGACCAUCAAGACGGCCAAGACCAUCAAGACGGCCAAGACCAUGAAGACGGCCAAGACCAUCAAGACGGCCAAGACCAUGAAGACGGCCAAGACCAUGAAGACGGCCAAGACCAUCAAGACGGCCAAGACCAUCAAGACGGCCAAGACCAUCAAGACGGCCAAGACCAUCAAGACGGCCAAGACCAUCAAGACGGCCAAGACCAUCAAGACGGCCAAGACCAUCAAGACGGCCAAGACCAUCAAGACGGCCAAGACCAUCAAGACGGCCAAGACCAUCAAGACGGCCAAGAUCAUCAAGACGGCCAAGACCAUGAAGACGGCCAAGACCAUCAAGACGGCCAAGACCAUGAAGACGGCCAAGACCAUGAAGACGGCCAAGACCAUGAAGACGGCCAAGACCAUGAAGACGGCCAAGACCAUCAAGACGGCCAAGACCAUCAAGACGGCCAAGACCAUCAAGACGGCCAAGACCAUGAAGACGGCCAAGACCAUGAAGACGGCCAAGACCAUGAAGACGGCCAAGACCAUGAAGACGGCCAAGACCAUGAAGACGGCCAAGACCAUGAAGACGGCCAAGACCAUGAAGACGGCCAAGACCAUGAAGACGGCCAAGACCAUCAAGACGGCCAAGACCAUCAAGACGGCCAAGACCAUCAAGACGGCCAAGACCAUCAAGACGGCCAAGACCAUCAAGACGGCCAAGACCAUCAAGACGGCCAAGACCAUCAAGACGGCCAAGACCAUCAAGACGGCCAAGACCAUCAAGACGGCCAAGACCAUCAAGACGGCCAAGACCAUCAAGACGGCCAAGACCAUCAAGACGGCCAAGACCAUCAAGACGGCCAAGACCAUGAAGACGGCCAAGACCAUGAAGACGGCCAAGACCAUGAAGACGGCCAAGACCAUCAAGACGGCCAAGACCAUCAAGACGGCCAAGACCAUGAAGACGGCCAAGACCAUGAAGACGGCCAAGACCAUCAAGACGGCCAAGACCAUCAAGACGGCCAAGACCAUGAAGACGGCCAAGACCAUGAAGACGGCCAAGACCAUCAAGACGGCCAAGACCAUGAAGACGGCCAAGACCAUGAAGACGGCCAAGACCAUGAAGACGGCCAAGACCAUGAAGACGGCCAAGACCAUGAAGACGGCCAAGACCAUGAAGACGGCCAAGACCAUGAAGACGGCCAAGACCAUGAAGACGGCCAAGACCAUCAAGACGGCCAAGACCAUGAAGACGGCCAAGACCAUGAAGACGGCCAAGACCAUCAAGACAGCCAAGACCAUCAAGACGGCCAAGACCAUGAAGACGGCCAAGACCAUCAAGACGGCCAAGACCAUGAAGACGGCCAAGACCAUCAAGACGGCCAAGACCAUCAAGACGGCCAAGACCAUCAAGACGGCCAAGACCACCAAGACGGCCAAGACCAUCAAGACGGCCAAGACCAUCAAGACGGCCAAGACCAUCAAGACGGCCAAGACCAUCAAGACGGCAAGACCAUCAAGACGGCCAAGACCAUCAAGACGGCCAAGACCAUCAAGACGGCCAAGACCAUCAAGACGGCCAAGACCAUGA